CAAGCGCCCGCGCGCCCGCGCCCAGACUGUAGCAAAGCCGACGCGGUGCGCGCUGGCUCUCGGGAUGGCGGCGGCGGCGGCGACCAUCGGCCCGACGGCUGCGCCGGCGGAGGAGGAGGGCGCCGGCGGAGAGGCUUCCGCGGCGGCGGCUCCUCCGCCGCAGGCCCCGGCGCCGCCGGCCGGCCCCCGCUUGUCGCGGCUGCCCCUGGCGCGGGUGAAGGCGCUGGUGAAGGCGGACCCAGACGUGUCGCUCGCGGGCCAGGAAGCCAUUUUCAUCUUGGCUCGAGCCGCGGAACUGUUUGUGGAGACGAUUGCAAGAGAUGCCUACUUCUCUGCCCAACAAGGGAAAAGGAAAACUCUACAGAGGAAGGACCUGGAUAAUGCAAUAGAAGCUGUGGAUGAAUUUGCUUUUCUAGAAGGCACUCUGGACUGAGCUGGAUGCAUUCUGCAGAUCCUGGAGUCUCUUCUUGAAUUCCCAUGUUCUUCCACCUGCACUUAAGCAGGCUUCAGCUGUGCCUGAACACUCUCCUAACAGUUUGUUUUCUAGGGGUACACUGCUAUUUCAGCCCAUUCCCCUGUUUUCUGUUGCCCUGGUGAUCUCUGAAAAUAUAGCGCCCCAAGAAUGGACUGGAAUGCAAUCUCGGCUUUUGGCUUUUCUUGGAAAGUUUCACCACUGCCUGUGGCUGCCCAUGACAGGGUUGGUUUCACACCUGAACCCUGUAGAGAGAUAUGAAGGAAUUUUUCUUGGUGAAGGGGCCUUUUGAAAAAUGAAGCACAAAAUAAAGAUGUUAGACCAAUAAUAUGCAUUUAAA